UCUAACCCCUAGACCCCUCUAGGCCUUUGCCAACCAAGAUCACUCCAUGGAUGAAAUGACAGCAGUGGUGAAGAUUGAAAAAGGAGUUGGUGGCAAUAAUGGUGGUAAUGGUAAUGGAGGUGGCACCUUUUCCCAAGCUCGAAGCAGCAGCACAGGCAGUAGCAGCAGCAGUGGAGGAGGAGGGCAGGAAUCCCAACCAUCCCCUUUGGCUCUGCUGGCAGCAACUUGCAGCAGAAUUGAGUCACCCAAUGAGAACAGCAACAACUCCCAGGGCCCAGGCCAGUCAGGGGGCACAAGUGAGCUUGACCUCACAGCCACACAACUUUCACAGGGUGCCAACGGCUGGCAGAUCGUCUCUUCCUCCUCUGGGGCUACUCCUACCUCAAAGGAACAGAGUGGCAGCAGUACCAAUGGCAGCAAUGGCAGUGAGUCUUCCAAGAAUCGCACAGUCUCUGGUGGGCAGUAUGUUGUGGCUGCCACCCCCAACUUGCAGAACCAGCAAGUUCUGACAGGAUUACCUGGAGUGAUGCCUAACAUUCAGUAUCAAGUAAUCCCACAGUUCCAGACCGUUGAUGGGCAACAGCUGCAAUUCGCUGCCACUGGGGCCCAAGUGCAGCAGGAUGGUUCUGGGCAAAUACAGAUAAUACCAGGUGCGAACCAACAGAUCAUCACAAAUCGAGGAAGUGGAGGCAACAUCAUUGCUGCUAUGCCAAACCUACUCCAGCAGGCUGUCCCCCUCCAGGGCCUGGCUAAUAAUGUGCUCUCAGGACAGACUCAGUAUGUGACCAAUGUACCAGUGGCCCUGAAUGGGAACAUCACCUUGCUACCUGUCAACAGCGUUUCUGCAGCUACCUUGACUCCCAGUUCUCAGGCAGUCACGAUCAGCAGCUCUGGGUCCCAGGAGAGUGGCUCUCAGCCCGUCACCUCAGGGACUACCAUUAGUUCUGCCAGCCUGGUGUCAUCGCAAGCCAAUUCCAGCUCCUUUUUCACUAACGCCAAUAGCUACUCAACAACUACUACCACCAGCAACAUGGGAAUUAUGAAUUUUACCAGCAGCGGAUCAUCAGGGACCAACUCUCAAGGCCAGACACCUCAGAGGGUCAGUGGGCUACAGGGGUCUGAUACUUUGAACAUCCAACAGAAUCAGACAUCUGGAGGCUCACUCCAAGCAGGUCAGCAGAAAGAGGGAGAGCAAAACCAGCAAACACAGCAACAAAUUCUUAUCCAGCCUCAGCUAGUUCAAGGGGGACAGGCCCUUCAGGCUCUCCAAGCCGCACCAUUGUCAGGGCAGACCUUUACAACUCAAGCUAUCUCCCAGGAAACCCUCCAGAACCUCCAGCUUCAGGCUGUUCCAAACUCUGGCCCCAUCAUCAUCCGGACACCAACAGUGGGGCCCAAUGGACAGGUCAGUUGGCAGACUCUUCAGCUGCAGAACCUCCAAGUUCAGAAUCCACAGGCCCAGACAAUCACUUUGGCACCAAUGCAGGGUGUUUCCUUAGGGCAGACCAGCAGCAGCAGCACCACCCUCACACCUAUUGCCUCAGCUGCCUCCAUCUCUGCCGGCACAGUCACUGUAAAUGCUGCUCAGCUCUCCUCCAUGCCAGGCCUCCAGACCAUUAACCUCAGUGCAUUGGGUACUUCAGGAAUCCAGGUGCACCAGCUUCCAGGCCUGCCGUUGGCCAUAGCAAACGCUCCAGGUGAUCAUGGAGCUCAGCUUGGUCUCCAUGGGGCUGGUGGUGAUGGAAUACAUGAUGACACAGCAGGUGGAGAGGAAGGAGAAAACAGCCCAGACACCCAACCGCAAGCUGGCCGGAGGACCAGGCGGGAAGCAUGCACCUGCCCCUACUGUAAAGACAGUGAAGGAAGGGGCUCUGGGGAUCCUGGCAAAAAGAAACAGCACAUUUGCCACAUCCAAGGCUGUGGCAAAGUAUAUGGCAAGACCUCACACCUCCGAGCACACUUGCGCUGGCAUACAGGCGAGAGGCCUUUCAUGUGUACCUGGUCAUACUGUGGAAAACGCUUCACACGUUCGGAUGAGCUACAGAGGCACAAACGCACACACACAGGUGAAAAGAAAUUUGCCUGCCCUGAGUGUCCUAAGCGCUUCAUGAGGAGUGACCACCUGUCAAAGCAUAUCAAGACCCACCAGAAUAAGAAGGGAGGCCCAGGUGUAGCCCUGAGUGUGGGCACUUUGCCCCUGGACAGUGGGGCAGGUUCAGAGGGCAGCGGCACUGCCACCCCUUCAGCCCUUAUUACCACCAAUAUGGUAGCCAUGGAGGCCAUCUGUCCAGAGGGUAUUGCCCGUCUUGCCAACAGUGGCAUCAACGUCAUGCAGGUGGCAGAUCUGCAGUCCAUUAAUAUCAGUGGCAAUGGCUUCUGAGAUGAGGCACCUGGGGCCAGAGACAUAUGGGCCAUACCCAUCAACCCUGGGAUGCAAGGUAGCAUGGGUCCAAGAGACAUGUGGGAGAGAGAGCCAUGAGGCAUUAAAAUGCAUGGUGGUGGGAAGAAUUGGGGGGAGGAAUGCAAGAGAAGAGACGGGGUCCUGGCACCCACCUGUAUUCAUCAGUGCCUCCCUGAAGGUGGGAAACAUUAGUGAAAAUCCUGUUGGUGCCACCCUUUGACGAGGGUGAGCAUUUGUUUGACCCUAGUUUCUUCUUAACUUCUUACCCCAGCCUCCCCUUCCUAUGUUUCCCUUCUCAGCUCUCCCAUGAUGGAUCCCCCCUUUCCUGAAGCCAUCAUGCCUUGAUAAAAAUAUAUAUGAUCAUUGAAAUACUUUUUAACAAAAAACAGAUUCUAUAUUAUAUAUAUUAUAUAUAUAAAAAGAUAUAUAGAGAUGCAUUCACAGGGGUUGGCUGGGAGGAGGAAGGAGACCAUUCUGUGACCAAAAUACCUUGGUCAUUUUUUAUAUUGCCUUAUUUCCCUAUGGCUGAGCCUUGUUGUGACACAUCAUGCUUUUCUGUAGAUGUUGUCUUGGCUUCCCACCGAUUAAGCAUUCAUAUGCUCUGCUUUUAGUUUAUAUUUACAUACAUAAUGUUUUUCCUUCCUUAAUUUUGUCUUUUUAUUUGGGAUCAGCUUCUUGCACUCCUUUCCUGACUCAACUCUUUCUGUUCCCCCUUCUCUCACCAGAUCAUUUCAUGUUUUGUUUUUGGUAGUGAUUCUUGCAUAAGGCACUUCAAUCUUUAAAGGCCUUAGACCCAACAGCAGAAUGGAAAACCCUUGCAGCUCAGGCUGAUGCUUCAGAUAGCUCUGAAGGGAGUGAUCAAAAUACUACUGACGCAGGCACCUUCUUGGUGCUGGAGAGUCAAAGGUGUCUCCCUUCAUUAGUUGCUCUAAGCAUUAAGAGUUAGAAAUCUUUCUGUGGAAUUGUGUAAGAGACCCUGGAUCAGUUGAUAUAAACUGUAAAAAAAAUUGGCCAAAUAAUAAGCAGGGAGUUUUAGUAGGAAAUGAGGUGCUCAGAGGAGGACGUGACUUAUAAUAGUUGGAUUCAGGACUUAGUGAAGUAUCUGGACUUUGGUGCCCUUGUCUUCCAAGGUAGCUCCAUGCUUUGAUGCGUGGGCUUCUGGGUACACGUUCUGAAAGGAAAUAAACCUCCUCUUUUGAACAUCCCCCGUAGUUUCUUUCCCAUUGUGUUGUAAAGGAACAUCAGCCAUGAAUCUGGUCCAGGUUUCCAUUCUGCAGAACCCAGAGCAUGUACUAGUGGCAAGACAGUGAUUCUUAGGAUCUUUUCCCUUAAUUCUUCCUUGUAUGUCCUUGGUUGGUUCCUAAGGGAAAAGGCAGCACAUGAUCUUGGGAAUGAUAGCCCAGAACAAAAAAAAAUCUUGUCUUACCACUGUGGUUUAUAGGAGAGAUUGGGAGAAAUCAUCCUGCUUUCUCCGUGGCCUGAUUCUAGAAGAAACUGAUCCAAAAUUUUAGCGGCAGGGAACUCUUAGUGCAUUUGCCACUGAGAUUUAAAUGCAACCAGAAUUGUCCUCAAGGCCCAGCCAUUAAAAACAUUGUCUCUCUUGACCUUUUGGUAUCUUGUUAGAGAGCUUUUCACUGUGAGGAAGUGUGGAAAUGGCUGCGUGUAUGUGUGUAACUGUUAGGUUGGGGAUAGGUUUUCUGUUAGCCAAUACUAAAAAAGACCUGCAAUAAAAAGUUACCCUGAUCUGAUAGAAAGUGACGUGUUUGUGUAUGACUGUGUGUGCGAAUGUGUGUUUAUGCUUGAAUGUAUCUACACACAGAUGAGAAAUUAUAUUUGAAACUGUUGGACAAUAAAUCAAAUUCAGAUCAAAAUGCUUUUCAGGCCCAUUACCUAGAAAUAUAUCUUAAAACCUGGGUAUAUUCAUGAAGUAAUUUCUCUGUUGAUACUAAAUCAGUUACAAUUAUGAAUGGGGGAAUAUUCUUCUACUCUUUUAAAGAAGGAACUAUUUUUGUGUUUCAAAAUGAACCCAACAUUCAGAUCUAUAGCAUGUCUUUUUUUACCUUGGCUACAAAUAGAUGAUGCUAUGAUUCUACUAUAUAUUUUAUAUAAAAUCCAUCCAAAUUAGGUUUUGGGUAAGUUUAUGUUGUUGUUUAACUUAAAAUAUAAUAACUGCUAAUACUCUGAACAGUAGUUCACUCCAUUUGAUCCUUUUUCUGCAGACUUAAUACUGUUUUCAACACUCAGGAACUAAUGCAAGGAACUUUCCCCAGAUCAAGUUUUAUUGAUGCUGAAGUCAUCCAUGCCCAGCCACUGUCACAUUCUUUAUUCCCACUGAAAGGCAGAACUCAGAACCCAUUAUUUUAUAUUUGUAAUCAUGUAUAUUGGCAUCUUUCGAAGGAAAGGGACAGGGUAAUUCACUGGACUGUGCAGUAUUUUGCUAGAACAUUUCAAGAAAUGGAGUCUUCUCCAGUUUGGAAUUAUUGUAAACAAGCUUAACGAUGCUGAGGAUGACAGGCAUUUAGAUGGUUAUUUGAUAAUGUGUCUCUCUUGGAUGGAAAGCUGUUGGUUUCAUCCCCCUUGAUUAGCAUUACCAUGUGUGAAUUUAUAUCCAGUUCUUUCCACUUUCUCUAAGCUCCAGAUCUGGUAUCUUGUUUGGCCCUUACACAGAAGUUUCUGCUUUUGUCUUCCAACAGCAGGGAACCAUUCAGUCUUUUUCACAGGAAGUUAGGAGCCUACCUGCCUUGAGUCAGGAGCUCAUUACUUAAAAUACUUUUUUCUUGAACUUUUGGCCAGCAGAAGUUAAUGUAACUGACAUAUUGAUUCUGGAUAUUUUUUUUUUUUUGGUAAGUUUUUUAAAUGACCAAACCUUGCAGGGCUGAGAGAUGCCAAGAGCAGGGUGAUACAAAAGCACUCAUUCCCUUGUCCUUUUGGGUCGUCCAUUCAUAUUCAUCUGUUUAUCAUUGGACUGUCUCACUUUUUACCCAGAGCAAUAACAACCCACACCAUCUUUCUUCAGAGACCUCCCAGCUGGCACUCUUGUCUGUGGGUGCUCUGUAGGAUGAAUUUAAUGAUUUAUUUCUCAGCCUGGUUCAGAAUAAGUAGAACCUUUGAUCCCAGAAAGUAUGGACUGAAGUGUGGGGUAUAGAUUAUGAUUGGGGGAGGGUUGGAGACAAAAGCUGUAAUUACUAUGGCUGAUUUAUUUCUACUAUAUACAUAUAUAUAUUUUUGGCUUUUGUAUAUCCUAUAUAGGAAUCUAAGCAUUGUAUUUUUUUAACAAAUCUGAGAAAGCACUAUGAACUGCAGGUGUUUGACUUUCAGAAUAUAUUUUGUAUUGUUAAAUCUUCACAUUGUGUGAAUACUGGAAGCUGCAGAUCUUUGCUAGGACGCAAUAAAUUUAUAUACUUUAUGAGGGGUUCUUCUGGGGGGUGCUAAUCAGGCCCCUAUUAUGCCUUGGGGGAGCCCUGGUGCUACUUGCUUAAAGUUUUUACUUAUUUGUAAGUACCCUGAUGCCUUUUUGACCUUGGGAUCAGAUCGGGAGUUUGAGAGAUCAGGUACCCAGGAAAUGAGGACAGUCUAGCUGCCUCAAGUGAGGAGCCUUUUGCAUAGCUCUCCCUUUCCCUAGCCGAAGCUGGGUAGCCUCCUGGGAUUGGGAGGAGAAAUGUGAAAUCUCAAAGUCCCAUCUUCCCUUAGAAGAGAGCCAGUAACUUAUGUACAAGGAUGAAAGGUGGCAGCAGUAGCUUUGGGGAAAGGGAGGAAGAUAUGGCACUUCUCCAGCCCCGGAAACAUUGCUUUUGAAAACUGCUGAUAAAAUAUAGACAGGUUAUUACUUUUGUUUGGGAGACUGUGCUCUCUCUGGUGCCUCUCUCGGCUCAGUUCCAGGGCUACAGACCUCUUCUAGGAGGACAAGCAGACCAGCUUUGAGGUUGACCUGUUUCUUUUCUUGUCUGCCUUCCCCAAACACCAGCCCCCAGGAAGACAUUAAGCAGCCUUAAGCUUAAAUUCCUACUCCCUCUUCCAGAUUUGGCUCACUCACCUUAGAUUAAAGGCUGAGAAAGAAAAAGGGGUGUCCCUGGCUUCAUUCCUCUCAACUCUUUUCCAUUCUGAUUUCCCCAAACAAAAAGAUUUCCUCCACAUCAUCCAUCUUGAGAGAAAGGAGUAUUGUCCUAUUUUCCCUUUCCUCAUUAUCAGACAGCCCCAGCCUUCCUUUUCUGUGCUAAGGGAGUAGGAAGUGUGGUCUGUCCCUCAAUUCCCCUGAGACCCAACUCAGUGUCAG